UGUCAAUCAAAACUCGGCCUGGCCUGUUAACUGAAAAAACCAAAGCGUUAGGUGAAAAGCUACUUUCGAUGUUAGCGAAACCAUUUAACCUUAACCAAAAUGAAGGAUAGACUUAAAAUUGGUAACCGCGUAAGUUGCCUUAUAGAACAGGUUGCACCUAAUUACAUCGUUCUAUCUUUUCGGACAGCAGGGAAUAGCUACAAAGGCGUUUUAAUAAACGAAAACUGUUCAACUGUGAGAAGGAAAAUCCCAAAAGGCUUCUUCCCUGUAAAAGGCAUUCUUGAUCAACAAACAACCGACGAUUUCUGCAACGAAAUCACCAACCGUGAGUUAGACACAACCUCGAAGUCAACCCGGAGCAAAAAAUUAAAACAGUCGUGUAUAAUUUUAGACGAUUAUGAUUUAACUAAAGGUAUUGUCCCAGCUGAACAACCUGUUAACACUGUAGACAGUAUUGGUAAGUCGCCAAUCGAUUCCAUUCGUGGACUUGUUGAAAGCAUCGAUAGCGAUUUAUCUUUCCCUUCGUCGAAAGCUUUAUCACCUAGUAAAGACAAACCGACAUGCAUACCGUUAAGUACAAAACAAACGUUGGAUGUAAAAUCAGAAUUUGAACAGAAGUUAAAAGACAUGCGCAGUGAUUUACAAAAACGAAUGGCCGGCUUUUCAUUUCUUAAUGCAAGUUCACGACUUCUUAAGUCUCCUGUUAAAAUACUAAACAGAGUCUCUUCAUUUCAUCCAUCGUUUGAUGUAUUUCCAGCUGAAGAAGCUUUUCCGAGUAGUGAAAAGAAGCCCGAUAUAACUGGAGGGAAACAGGUGUUUGAAAGUAAUCCCGGGUUAAAUACGUCAUUGAACAUAAAUUCGAAUAAGCCAGUUGAAAAUUGUAGUCCAAAGCUAUUACCAAGUCGGAAUUCGAAGGGUAUGGGUAAUAAUAGCCCUAAAGUUGCUUCAAAUAGUAGCCCAAGGGGUAAUUCUAUACGUAAUUUAAAAAAAGUCAAAGAGAAACAGAAAAAGAUAACUGGAAAAGUAAACCGGCCCGAUGACGGUACUGAUACUGUAAAACGCGGUGGUAGAAAACGUAAGUACUUGGAAAUAAAAGAACAAGGCGAUGGAGUUAAUCAGGAGAAGAAUUAUGAUAAGGAAUGCUCUCCACCAUUGAAAAUGCGAAUAUCGGCGAAAGGUCUAGAAGGGGAAGACGAAUUGGACAACAAGGAAAGUUUGUUAAGACGAAAACGAAAGCGAACAAAAACUAAAUUUUCGCGAAAAAAACACCCGAGAAAAAAUUUGAAAAAUUCAGACACUAAAAAUCCUGACAGUGCGCCGCCUUGUAAUGCUGUUUUGAAUAAUACUAAACGUAUGCCGCAAGUGGUGAAGCCGAAACGAAUCGAUCCAAUCCAACUCGCGCUGAAAAAUAUAAAAAAAUACGAUAGGAUGCGUAAAAAUCGGAAUAAGAUUAACAUGCUUCAAAUGGGCAAAAUGCAACAGAAAACAUCGUUAAGACAAAAAAGAAACAAUCGACGAAACGCAAAUAAAACUUUAUUAGAUAAAACAGUCACCGAAGGCGAAACCAAAGAGGCGCGUGCGGAUGAAGAACAUCAAGACGUUCCUAUUAAAACUAAACGCGAAGCUGCUUCAAAAGUCAACAGGUGUAAAUUGGCCACGGAUGCUCAGAAACCACGAGUGAAAAACGCAGUAGAUUCGACGGACAACGUAAAAAGUUUGACGGACGAUACAGCAGGCGUAAGGGACGAUGAUAAACCGUUAAGUCGAUACAUGCGAAAAAAAAUACAGUUGCAGCAACGUAGUUUGCCGAAAAAAGACAUCUCGCAUUCCACACGCAGUAAAAAAGUAGAUCAAGUUAACCAUGGUGUUCCAGAAGAGACCAACAUCGAGAAAUCGGUCUCACUCGAGAAACCAGAGAAACCUUUACGGCGGCACAUGUUAAAGAAAACGCAACACGAAACAGAAAGAAAGGAGGCGUUGUCCACACACGCCAUGCGAAAAACAAAUCGGAAUACUUCGCAACCCGAGACAUUUAAAGAAGAAUUAGAUUCUUCUUCUCAACCAGAUCGAAAUACGAAUUUAUUAAAUGCCAUUCAGAACAUAGAGGAGGAACUUGUUGAACUGCACGAACAAGAGGGUUCCGCCCAUAGAUGUAAUUCAGCGAAAGCUUCACCACAAAAAAUAAGUGAAAACGUUAACGAGACUAUGAAACCCAAUGAUUUGGAAAGACCUUGGAGCCGUUAUAUGCUCAAAAAAAUGCAAAAGCAGAGCGUGAAACAUAGUACGGGUGAUGACUCGAUUCAAACAAAAGAUUUAAUAAGAGCGUCGCGUCGGUUUAAAUCGAUGAAAACACAGUUUAAAAUGGAAGAAAGUCCCAAAAAAUUGGAAGAACUUCAUAAAGGAAUGAUUGCAGGUUUUGAUUGUGAUUUAGUCGAGGCACCUACUGGGCAAAGUGCGAAAAAAAUAGAGUCUGUUAAGAACACCGGUAUCAGCAUUGUUGGCAACGCCUUAACCGAUAAUCUUACGGUAAACGAUAACCUAACUGAAAGAAAUCAGCUGUCAAAAUCGUGGGUCACAAUAAAAGAUUUCGAUGGCUUUGAUUUCGUUGAAACAAAAAAUGACAACUUUGCUUUGCCAAACGAUACUGAAAGCAACUCGUCCGCUGUAACGUCUUGUAAAGAAAGCUUAUUUCAGACCAGUUACAUCGAUCUACUCUGUCACGAACGAAGUUUACCAGAAGACAAAAACGUUAAAGUAAACGAAGCCAUGUCUGUUUGUAAACCGCGAAAAAACCGGAGAAAACCCAUGCAGGUGUUUAAAUCUUUGCCAAAUCCGGCUGAAGAAGAAAAAAAGCGAAAACAAGAGCAGAACGAGUUACAAGAAAGAUAUAAGCUUGAGAACAAUGCGAACGACACGCAUAACGUAGAUUGUUACGACCGCCUAUUAACCAAUCAGAAAUCUGUUGUUGAAAGUAAAGGACAUAACACUCGAUACCGCGGAACUAAGUCUGUGUUACCAGCAUUAAAUAUGUCUCCACGAAAAGUACGUAAACCGAAACAGCAAAAACAGACUAGCGAUAAUGUAGAAAACGCAAAACGCAUAAUUAGUGAUACCAUUAUGGAUAAUCAGCGUCAUCAAAGGAAUAUAUUUUCUAAAGAUGAAAUCGGUACGCCAGAAAGCAGUUUGCCGUCUUCUCCUUUAACUCCUCAAUCAUCUACAGAAGAUUUUAAUAGCAUAUUAGGCGUCAAACUCGGCUCUUCGACCACCUCUUCUGAAGAGAGUUCACUUAAAAACAUUAAAAAUAGCAAGUCAACAUGUAAUAUUGAUAAGUCACGGAACGAUCUUCUUGUUAAAAAAAGCAAGAAAAAAAAAUCCUCGCUAAUGGAAACUUUCAAAACAUUGAAACCUCUGACUCGUUGCACGAACGAAAUAAGAACUGACGAUAUUGUGUGGGGAAAAUGUCUGGGCUUCGGGUGGUGGCCAGGUCACGUGAUCUCGUUAGUUAAGCAUAAGGAAGAAACACCUGUGGAGGAGCGUGAAGCGCACGUAUCUUGGAUGGGCUCUAACACGAGAUCAGUAAUGCAAUUAAAAGACUUGGACUUAUUUCUGCCGCAAUUUCGAAAGCGUUUCGUCAGUGCUAAAAAGGGCAUGUAUUUCAAAGCAGUAUCGCAGGCUCAAAGCGCGUGCAAGAUAAAAUAUGGUGUUAUUAAUAUUUGAAAUCAACGACGUUUUAAGUCGGUUUAAUUUUUAUAUUGUUAAAAUAUUUUUUUAUUGUACGCCUCAAUAAGCUUCAUACCCUCCACCACAUCCGAUCUGGGAAGUAAAACGACUAAUUCUUGUAAUUUUUUUUUUGCAUUAAAAUACCUUAAUUAAAUAUAUAAUUAAGAAUCUGAAGCUGAAACUGGUUUUACCAUCCUGGAUAUAUGAAUAAAUUUUUUAUUAAAGAUUUUACGGUGAAAUUUCUGAAACUUUAAUGGUUAACAAGUUUUACGAACAAAAAAUGUCUUUAAAACAGAAGAAUAAUUAGCUUUUUAACCAACCAAUCUGUUGUUCCGUUCUGGUUUGUUCUAAAAUCUGACUUUUGAAUUUCUUUCAAUUAUAUUCCAGCCUCUGUGGUAUAAAAUAAAUAAACUUUCUUGAAAAAUUAUGAAUUGUUUCUUAGAAUUGACAAUAUCUUGAACAUUUCUAUCCGGGUUUUGUAUGUUAUACUCGUACUGUUCAGUUGAAUUAUCACCGUUAAAGUUUGUGUCGUAUGGCAGUGAAAACAAUAUAAUUUUAUACCUGUGAAAUAAAUUUCUCUGUUAAAUUGUAUUCGAUAUUGAGUAAUUUACCGAAUGUUUGAAAGCAUCUGUUGACUGUCAUCGAUACACUGAGUGAGAAUUCCUUUUUACCCUAAUGUACAGCUCUGUACUAUUGAAGAGAACAAAUACUAUGCAUGUUUUCUUGUUCGUGCCAUGUUAAGAGCAGAACAUGCAAUUCUGAAUUUAUUUUUAUUUUAAACAUCUUGCUUACUUUGACAGUUUGAUUUUUUCAUUACGUUUUGACUGUACAUAUUUUCUUGUUGUUGAUGAUAAAGAAUAAAUGUAAUAUUGAGAAGAGACUCAGCGAAUCAAAAUAAUUUUUGUUUAUAUC